UCCGAGCGCAAGUUCAACAUGGCUGCGGCCACGGAGCACGAUUCUGUCGCCAGUUCAUCGGAACCAAAGGAGGCCGAAGUUCAGGAGUCUAAAACGUUUAAAGACCUGGGUGUGACAGAAGUAUUAUGCGAUGCCUGUGACCAGUUGGGAUAAGACACAACCAAAAUCCAGAUUGAAGCUAUUCCCAUGGCGCUAGAAGGUCGUGAUAUCAUUGGUCUGGCAGAAACAGGCUCUGGAAAAACAGGGGCCUUUGCUCUGCCCAUUCUGAAUGCUUUGCUAGAGACACCACAGCGUUUUUUUGCUCUGGUUCUCACCCCCACUCGAGAACUGGCCUUUCAGAUCUCAGAGCAGUUUGAAGCUUUGGGGUCUUCCAUUGGAGUUGAAUGUGCUGUAAUUGUGGGUGGAAUUGACAGCAUGUCCCAGUCUUUGGCAUUGGCAAAAAAACCACAUGUGAUAAUAGCAACACCUGGUCGCCUGAUUGACCACUUGGAAAACACAAAAGGUUUCAACUUGAGAGCCCUCAAGUACUUGGUCAUGGAUGAAGCAGACCGGAUAUUGAAUAUGGACUUUGAGACAGAGGUUGACAAGAUUCUGAAACUAAUUCCCCGAGAUCGUAAAACAUUUCUUUUCUCUGCUACCAUGACCAAGAAGGUGCAAAAACUUCAGCGAGCCGCUCUGAAGAAUCCUGUGAAAUGUGCUGUGUCUUCCAAAUACCAGACCGUUGAGAAACUACAACAAUAUUACCUCUUUAUUCCCUCCAAAUUUAAGGACAGCUACCUCGUUUAUAUCCUGAAUGAAUUAGCAGGCAAUUCCUUCAUGGUAUUCUGCAGCACUUGUAACAACACCCAGAGAACAGCCUUGCUACUCCGAAAUCUUGGAUUCACUGCCAUCCCUCUCCAUGGACAGAUGAGUCAGAACAAACGCCUGGGAUCUCUUAAUAAAUUCAAAGCAAAAACAAGAUCCAUCCUGCUUGCCACUGAUGUUGCAAGUCGAGGUCUGGACAUUCCCCAUGUAGAUGUUGUGGUCAACUUUGACAUUCCCACCCAUUCCAAGGAUUACAUCCAUCGAGUGGGUCGGACAGCUCGAGCUGGGCGCUCUGGCAAGUCAAUCACCUUUGUCACACAGUAUGAUGUGGAACUCUACCAGCGUAUAGAACACCUAAUUGGGAAGAAACUUCCUGCUUUCCCAACUCAGGAAGAAGAGGUCAUGCUGUUGACAGAGCGUGUGGCAGAAGCCCAGAGAUUUGCCCGCAUGGAGAUGAGGGAGCAAGGAGAGAAAAGGAAACGUCCGAGAGAGGACAAAGCUGAUGAUGAUGACACAGAAAAUGCUAUGGGUGUACGGAACAAGGUCGCUGGAGGGAAGAUGAAGAAAAGGAAGGGCCAGCGGCCCCAUUCAUAAAGACUUGUUUUGGGGGCAGCUAGGUGGCACAGUGGAUAAAGCACCGGCCCUGGAUUUAGAAGGACCUGAGUUCAAAUGUGGUCUCAGACACUUGACACUUUAACUAGCUGUGUGACCCUGGGCAAGUCACUUAACCCUCAUUGCCCUGAAAAAAACCAACCAAACCAACCCAAAAAACCAAAAUAAAAAUAAGACUUAUUUUUGAGACAUUUUUUGGUAAAAGAGGACUUCAUCGAGAACAGAACCCCACCAACAGUACUCUUCAGACUAAAGCCUUUCAAGCCCGAACCAAGAUUCUGGUUAACUGCACAGGUGCUAAUUCUAUAUUUGCUGGCUUCAUUACAGAGUAUUUUUUUUUUUCUCAAAAUGGCUGAUUCCUUUUUACUGCUGUGCCACACACAACCUUAAGCUCCUGUUCUGGUGACAUGAGUAGGACACUCAUAUUCCCUCCCUUUCCUUCCCCUUCUCCCUGCCUUACCUGAUGAUUCCCAGAUCUUCACAAUCAGGCUUAAUCUCUCUCUAGGACUCUAGUCACAUAUCAUCAGUGGGAGUUCUGGCAAUCUCUCCCUAAAUGUCCCCUUGUCAUUUUACACUGAAUAUGUUGAAAUUGGAACCCUCAUUUUCUCCUGUCUAUUCUUCCAAUUUCUGUUGAGGACCAUGAUCUUUUCUUUCAGCUAGAUUCAUAACCUUGUCAUUUCCCUCCACUCUCAAUGAUCUCUCUAAUCAGUUGUCAAGUCUUGGUUGUACACAGUGCUUCUAAACUUGGGGUCCGCAGGGUGGAUGGGAGAAAGAAGUUACAUCUUUAUUUUUCCUAACCUCUAAAUGAAAUUUAAUAUUUCCUUUGAUUAUGAAUGUAGGCAACAAACAUUAUUCCAAGAAGGGCUUCAUGGGCUUCACCAGGCAGUCUGAGGGAUCUGUGACACAAAAGAUGAAGGAUCCUCCUCUCCAGGUCCUCAUCUCUUCUUGUCUGACCUGUUAAAAUAAUCUCAUUUCCUGUCUCUCCCCAUUACAAUCUGUCCUCCAUAGAGCAGCCACAUUAAUAUUCUUAAGACAUAGGCCUGACAAUAUCAUUCCUCUGCUUAAAAACAAAAAAAUCUUCACUGGCUCCCUCCUGUGAUCUCUAGGUUCCUCAGCUGGAUUAAAAAAAAAUAUUCUUAGUCAUCUAUAGAAACCACCUAAUAUAAAAAGAACCAGGAGAUUGGAGGUGAAACUGGGCUUCUGUUAUGUACAGUUAGUUUCUAUUAAGUGUAGAUUAAAUUAUUUUCAAAUUUUUAUUUGUGGGACAAUGAGGGUUAAGUGACUUGCCCAAGGUCACACAGCUAGUAAGUGUCAAGUGUCUGAGGCCGGAUUUGAACUUAGGUCGUCCUGAAUCCAAGGCCAGUGCUUUAUCCACAGUACCACCUAGCUGCCCCAUAGAUUAAAUUUUAAGAAGAGAGUAGAAAAAAUUCCCUUGGUUGUGUUCCCUUCUGAAUUUUAUUUUAUUUAAAAAUUUUUUUUGAUGAUUUCUUCUAUUGUAGGUGCCUUUUUCUUUCUCUUAUUUAAUCCAUGUCAUUUUCUACUAACUUUCCCCUAACCUGUACAAACCCUCCCGUGUAUUAAGUUGAUAUAAUCAAGAAAUUGGCUGUGUCUGAAACUGUCCUGUUCUGCACUUCUCAUCUUGCCUCUCUGCAAGAUCAGCAGUGAUGUAUCCCACUGUCUGGCUCCCACCUCUCUCCUUCAUAAUAACUAACAUUUGUCCCACACUUUAAAUUUUGUAAAGUACUAUACGUGCAUUGUCUCACUUGAGCUCCACCACAACCCUGUCGGAUACUACAGGCAUUGUUUUUUCUCUUUCAUUUUACCAAUAACUCAGAGACUUAGAAAAAUUGUCACUUGUGCAUAAUCAUGUGGUUAGUGAGACAAAGGCAGAAUUUGAAUUCAAGUCAUCCUGGCAUCAAGUCCAGUAUUGAUUGAAUAAAUAAAGCAUUUUUAAGGUGCUUACUGUGGGCAAACCACUGUGGUAAGUUCUGGGAAUACAAAUGGAAAACUAAGACCAGUCCAGGCUCUCAAAGAGCUUACAUUCUAAUAGGUGAGAAUAUACACACAUAUGGAAGAUUCCAUCUGAAGUCAGAGGGAAAACACCAUGGGCCGGCAGCAAAGCCAAUUUUAAUGCCUCUAAUAUUACUUCCACUGAUAAGAUUAUAUUCGUUGCUGACAUUGAGCAAUGGUGCCAAGGACUUGGGUUGCAGGGAUUUUCUUUUCUCAGACUUCAGUAGCUACGAUUGUGGAGCACAUGCAGGAGCAGGUGCCAGGCUGCAUCUCCCCAGGGUUUGCUUCCCAGGAUGAAGACUGGGGGCACUGGGCUGGAAACAUUGUUGUUCUCAAGGCUGUUGGGUCUGUCCUGGGCUGUGUCCAUGCACCAGUUGGUCGAGGUGGUGAUACUUGUGGUUUAGUUUGCCCAGCCAAUGCUGUCUGUCUCCUCCUCCCUCAGGGUAGAGGCUGCUCCAAUCAGGCUCAUGUGCCUGCCCUAGGAGCGGUAUUGCUGAGAAUGGUUGUCCCCUGCUCCACAGAAGUUACAAGUCUCUCUGCUGUUCUCAUUGCCUCUGUGCUUCAACCAAACUGGCCUGCUUUAUUGCCUCAAGUCAGUGUCUCGUCCCCUGUCUCUCUGUAUAGGUCUUCCUGUGCCAAGAAGGCACUUCCUCUUCACUGCCUUGUCCUAAAAAUCUCCAUAUGAGGAGAAAGGAAGACGUACAAGGGGGUGGUCUGGAGGUGCUGAGAGUAGCUUUAGUCCUGGAAAAGUAAUAUUAAAAGGAAAGGAAAGGUUCUACGCAAGGGUCUUCUGAGCAAGAAACAUGGACUGGCUCUAGAAAAUGGGGCUGUCCCUAGGUCAGACAUGAAGAUGGAAGUAUUGUAAGUGGGGUCGAUGACCAGGGAAAAAUGCAGAGUCUCUGGUAGAAUUUUCUGGUGGGUUAGGUUUUCACGUCAGGAUUUCUAGGAUAAAAAUGUGUCUGUCCUAGGAAAGGGACUUGUUUCAAUAAGGAGAUGAUGUAAGAAUUUGGUUUUUGGCUGGUGUGCUGUGAUACAAUGUGAAUAAUCAUUUUUUGGAUAUGUAUAUAUGUCUUUCAGGGGGGUGGGAUCGUCUUAGAAUCAAAGAUUAACUUUGAGAAUGAAAGAAUUAGCUUCCACAAUUGAGAUGCCUUAAUUAGGAGGCAUUUAUUAAGUGGCCACUAUGCUCCAGGCCCUGUUCUAGGUGCUGGGGCAUACAGAGACAAAAAAUAAAAAUCUCUGUUCUCUGGGACCUUACAGGGGAGACAACAUGCACAUAUGUAAUUAAGUGCAUUUGUUUAAGGAAUUUUGCAUUUACUAUGUAUAUGUAAAAAUAGAUAUGAUAUGCAUAAUGUAUACAUACCAUUUUGUAUGCACAGUAUAUACAAUUAUAUAGAUAAUAAAUGCAAGAUAUUUUAGGGGGGAAGAUUACCAGCAGUUGGUGUCGGGGAAAGACUUUGUGUACAUAGUAAGACUCAAUCUUGAAAUAAGUAAAUAAUUUUAUGAGGUUUUGAGAUAAAGAGAGUGAAAAGGUCCUUGGUUAGCUUGCCCUGGAGGACUCUGGAAAGCUCCUACUUCCAGGCAAAUCAAUGAAAACCUUGUGUUAAUUUUUGAUAAUUCAUUAGCGUUUUUCCUUUCAGUAGUCCGGAGGCUCCCACAGAGCUCGUUAGAUUUGAGAAGUUUGUCUUUGAAUGUGGGGUAAAAUGAAAUAAUAUUAUGAAGCUCUUUCCAAACCUUGAAGUGCCAUAUAAAUGCUAGUUAUUAGUGAUAGGGAGUAGGUAGUAGGGUAGAAGGCUGGACCUGGAGUCAGAAAUACCCGAGUUCAAAUCCAGCUUCAUGCAUUUACUAGCAGUGAUCCUGGGCAAGUUGCCUGUGCCUACUUCAGUUUCCUCAUCUGUAAAAUGGGGGUAAUAGUAGCACCCACCUCCCAGGCUUGCUGUGAGGGUCAAAUGAGAUAAUAUUUAUAAAGCACUUUGUAAACUUUACGGUGAUAUAUAAACACUAGCUAUUAAUAUUUCCAUUAAUUUCAUGAGGAUGUCUAUAGAAUGGUUAAUCUAUGUCUGUCUACCUGUAUUCUCUCCUAUCAUUUGAUCCUCAGUCUCCCUUCUUUUGGUUCUAGUUCCCCAAGAUUCGCUUUGCCACAGGAGGCACAUUGAUUUCCCAUGGCACAGUUCAGGGUCGGCCAGAUAAGAACCAGAAGACGCUAGAGAUAUGGGGUGAUAACUGUGAGAGCAGCAGCUUCAAUGGCUCCAUGUCUACAAGUCCCACUGUUAGAGGUUUUACUGGAUUGAAUGAUUUGGGGCUGAGGACAUACAUUCCAAGCAUCUCUCACUUGAAGUGUGUGCAGAUAUGCCUACCAGACUAAGUGAAUUCUCAGUGAGAGUUAUAGGCUAAGGAAUAUGAAGGUGAAACAUUGUCAAAGGUGUAUGAUAUGAUUAUGGAUUUGAGUCAGAUUAAACUCUGACCAUGGGGUCUGGAAGGUACCCAGACCUGCCCCAGUAUAGUUUGUUAGAAGUUUAU